AAAUUCCGCCAUAUAAAACCCUACAACUAUCCAGGUAGGGUUCUUUCUUUUAAAAUCUUCACCCAGAGCAGCCGCACCUCAACUUUUGUAGCUCUACAUCAUCAUUAUCAGGUGAAACAGAAAGAUGGAAUCUCAGAUCAAGCACGCAGUUGUGGUGAAAGUAAUGGGAAGAACUGGGUCAAGGGGUCAGGUGACCCAGGUGCGAGUCAAGUUUCUUGAUGAUCAGAACCGGUUCAUUAUGAGAAAUGUGAAAGGACCAGUUAGAGAAGGUGAUGUGCUUACCUUGCUUGAGUCAGAAAGAGAGGCCAGGAGGUUGCGUUGAUUUUAUUACCAAUGGGGUUUUGAAAACCUUAUGUUUAACUUUUAAUGUUUUUCUAAUUUAUUUGGAUUUUGAACAUGGGAAUGGGAAUGAAUUAUGUUUGAUUUUGAUGUUUGAGAUUUUAUGAAUGGAGUAAUUUGUGUUUCUCAUGGAAA